UUCUGUGGCAUUAAUAUCAUACUCAUAACCAGUUUAUUUUUCUUCGCUUGCAUCGUUAUUUAUGUCUGUGUGCUGGUUUAUCACAAAUGCUGGUGGCUCAAACACAAGUUUUUACUUCUCAAACUAGCAAUCGCUGGCUCUGGAAAGAUAAUGGAAGAUUUCAAGGAAGACAAUUAUGACUUUCAUCUCAACCUCAUGUUCCAUGAUGCGGAAGAGGAAUGGGUUGAUCGGGUCCUGAGACCUGUCCUGGAGAAGAGGUUUCCGCAUCUACAGAACAUCAUCUACGGAGAUGGAGACCUCCGUCUGGAAAUGUUCUACAUCAAUGCAAUCUAUGAUGCCAUUGAGAACAGCUUCAAGACAGUCUUGUUGAUGAGCAACCGGUCUAUGUAUGAUGUCUGGUGCAUGACCAAGCUUCGUUUGGCGCUGGAGCAUAUCAAUGACACAGGACUGGACAAGGUCAUAUUAAUCUUUGUAGAGGACAUCGAGGAUGAUGACCUUCCCUAUCUUGUCACGUUGUUUUUGAGUAAGAACAACCCUCAUAUGUGGUGGACAGAUGAUGAAGACGAACAGGAACUGUUUUGGGCUCAAUUUCAGAGAAGCAUGAGAUCAAAUAGGGCUAUAAUCAAUGCGAUCCCUCUUUAGAAAUCGAACUGCUGAUCAUGUUAUUAAAUUCUGAAUUCAUUGCAUUGUAUAAAGGCAAUAUUUUUGGCCUUGAGUAUAUUUAAAUGACAGUGGUAAAUGUUUAAAAAACUAAGACUAAUACCAUGUGAGAUACAUUAUCAGAUGGCUUCCACAGGGAUCUGUCUUAGGCCCAGCUCUAUAUCCUACCUACAUAUAUAAUUUGCUACUAGUUAGUUACUGACUUCUUGAACUUCAUAUCAAUAGACCAGUUCACGGUUAGCACAUUACUGCAAUGACCCCAAAUAUCCACAUAUCUUCAAAACAUGAAGAGGUCCCACUUUGUACAUUUUGAAAUAAUCACUCCUACAGCGAUGGAAAUGCUACAUAAAUAACCUUUGUUUCCACUUUUCAAAGAAUACUUCCACCUGUGUAUCAUGGAGUGCAUAAAUGAAUAAUGAUUACAUAACUUUCAUGAGCACGUAUCCAGUAUU